AUGGGACGAGUCAGAAUCGGAGGACUACUCUACUUUAUAACUUUAUGUCUCUACGCGCGCUGCACUACAACUAAAUACUUUACGUACGAAGAGGAUGCUCCGGGAACGCAAAUAGGAAACUUGUCUGAGGAUUUGAAGAUCGACCCGGCUGAGGACCCAGACACUUCGUUCCGCUUCAUGCAAGAAAGCAACACAUCUGUAAUUCAUAUGAGGGAAAUAGACGGACUUUUGAGCGUGUCGGAGCGGAUCGACAGAGAGCAGCUUUGCCCCAGGACGCACCAGCUUUGCCUUCUCUCCUUUGACGUCGUCGCCUUCACCAAAGAGAAAUUCCAACUCAUCCACGUGGAGAUUGAGGUGAAAGACAUAAACGACCACGCUCCUGUUUUCCCACGCAACGAAACUCGCUUAGAGAUAGUUGAGAACGUACCAAUCCACUCCAGGUUCCCGCUAGACAUCGCGUUGGAUCAAGACGUCGGGGUGAACUACAUUGAAAGUUAUAACCUGAGCGCGCCGUCUGCUCACUUUGCCAUAGAGGUGCGCGAUGGAGACGAUGGCGUAAAGUUUGCAGAGUUGGUGCUGGUGAAAGAGCUGGACAGAGAAGCUGAGGAUGUUUAUGUGCUUGAAGUGACUGCGUGUGACGGUGGUGCGCCUCCUAAAUCUGGCUCUGUGACUGUACUUGUCAAAGUUUUGGACUUUAACGACAACAGGCCAACUUUCGAGUUCGCGUCUCUCAAAGUGGAGCUGAACGAGGACUCCCCGGUGGGCCAUAGAGUUUUACGCGUGCACGCUUUUGAUCCAGAUGACGGCGCAAAUGGAGAAGUGACGUACGCGCUCGCAGACGCAUCCCCAGCCGAGGCGCGUAAACAUUUCCACGUGGAUUCAUACACCGGAGACGUGAUCUUAAAGUAUAUGGUUGACUACGAGAAGAGAAAGUCAUUCGAGUUGCACAUCCAAGCGUCAGACCUGGGGGAAAACUCUGUCCCCUCCACUUGCAGCGUGCUGAUUGACGUGGUGGACGUGAACGACAACGCGCCAGAGAUCACUAUCAAGCCCAUGACGUCCACAAGCGACGGCGUGGCGUACAUCACUGAAGCUGCAGCCGCGGAGAGCUUCGUUGCCCUGAUCAGCACCAUGGACAGCGAUUCUGGCUCUAAUGGCUACGUGAGCGUCUCUCUCCUCGGGCACGAUCAUUUCACCCUGCAGCAAGCCUACGGGGACACUUUCAUGAUCACAACCACCACCACACUGGACAGAGAGAGGAUUCCAGAGUACAACUUGACUGUGGUGGCUGAAGACCUGGGCAGUCCCCCGUUUAAAACAGUGAGACAAUAUACAAUCCGUGUUACAGACGAGAAUGACAAUGCGCCACUGUUCAGCAAAGCUCUCUAUGAAGUUGGGGUGAUUGAAAAUAACAUCCCCGGGUCGUAUGUGAUGACUGUGGUGGCCCGUGACCCAGAUGUAGCCAAGAAUGCAAAAGUUUCCUACACACUUAUAGAUGCGGAAGUACCAGGCGGAUCCCCAGUGUCCACCUAUGUGUCGGUGGACUCCAACACCGGCUCUGUAUACACGCUGAGAUCAUUUGACUACGAAUCUGAAAAACAAAUCGAAGUUGUGAUCCAGGCCGAAGACAGCGGCUCACCCUCCCUCUCCAGCACCGCCACAAUCCGCAUCAAAGUAGUGGACCAGAACGACAACUCACCUUACUUCACCUAUCCCAUAUUCAUCAAUGGCUCUGCUGACAUUGGCCUGCCGUUGAAGGCCCCUACUGGGUUUUUGGCGCUUCGAGUGGCUGCCUUCGAUGAGGACGAGGACGUGAAUGGCCAGCUCUCCUAUCAGAUCGUCCAAGGUGACUCCGAGCUAUUCACCAUCAACAAAAACACUGGGGAAAUUGUCUUAAAACAAUACCUGACCGCAGAGAUUGGGGACGUGCUGGAAAUGCAAGUGAAGGUGACAGACAAUGGUCGGUCUCCACUCUCCAGCACUGCUUUUAUUCGAUUCAUCGUGUCGGAUAUGGAGGCCUCGGAGGAUCAAGUCGUCAUUGUGAUUCAGUCAAACGACGAGGGCAUAGAUUGGGACAGCUCACUUAUUAUUAUUAUAAUCCUAAGUGGCGGCUGUGCAUUCCUGUUGAUUGCAAUAGUAGCAGUGGCGGUCACUUGCAAACUCAGCUGCAGCUCUAGAAACGGGCCUCCGAAAAGUGACGCACUGUUUACUAGCCUUCCGAGUGAGAUUCUCUCCUCUAACAUCUACACGGGUCAUCAGAGCUUCUACCACGGCCGCACGUCCUCGUCCCUGGAGGAGAGCUGCUUGUACGAAGAGGAGAAGAGCGGUGAUUUGGAGACAAAGAUGUUCCUACCCUCCAAGCAUUUCCAGCCGGCAUCUGUGUGGCAAGGCGACAAAUACAGCCUUCAAGUGAGCGGUAUUGGACACACUGACCAGCAGAGCAUAAAGGACAGCGGCAAAGGAGACAGCGACUUCAACGACAGCGACUCCGACACCAGCGGCAGUGACGGCAGGAGGAAUUUCAGCACCUUCCAUCCCAGAAUGAAAAGCAUAUCCAGCGGAGCCAGCAGCCUGUGUGGGGAAAGCCAGCCUUCGUAUUGCACCGCACCCGCCUCCCAGAGCAUGAGAGCAGCCAGAGACUCAUACACUACAAUGGGCUUCCCCCCGGCUCCUGUCUUCUGCCAUCCCCAGGGCUUCCCCACGGCCGCCUAUGCCACCAAUCGGCCCAAGUCCCGGAGCAGCAGUCACACCUUUGCACACACCGGGACUCUGCCGUCUUACUUCAGCCAGCCACACCGCACUACGCACACGCACGGACCCAACAUCGUGACUGUUGCAUCUGCCUAUGAGGUGGCCACCAUGUUUUAA